UUUCAAAAAAAGUCCUUUCUUUCUUCUCUCUUUCUCUCCAAUCUCCAUUUCCAUGGCUCCUCCAUUCAUCUUUCCACCUAAUCUCCAAUCCCUAGAAGAAGACUGCGAAGAAGAUGACCGACUCACAGUCCACAAACCAAUCAACAUCUCAUCCUUCAGCCCUUCAGAGCUCGAAGAAUUCGUCAAAGGUGUAUCAUUCGAUCUUUCUGAUAAAGAAUUAUUCUGCAUAGAAGAGCAAGAUGUGUUUGAUCAAGUUUAUUCACUUGUUAAGGGUUUCUCUUGUUUAACUCCGGCUGGAAAAUUCAAUCUCGUUGAGACUUUAAGAUCUAAUUUCAGUGUUCUUUUACCAAAUGUCGAUUCCCUUACGAGAGUGUCUCAGGGACAGGAUGUGGAAGAGGUUUCACUUAUUGAUCGAGUUGCAUCACACCGGAAUGCUUUCAAGAUCUACACGUUUUUCCUCAUUCAUAUUGUGCUUAUUGAGGAGUCGAAUGCUGUUUCAAGUCAGAAUUCGAAGGUGGUUGCUAAUAGUAGAAAGAAACAUCAAAUAAAUUCGUGGAGUUGGGAACCUCAGAGGGGUCGAAUACUUAAUUUGAUUGCUAAUUCAUUGGAGAUCAACCUUCCUUUGCUUUUUGGAUCUUCUGACCCAGAUGACAAUUACUUGUCUUUUACUGUCAAAAAUGCAUUCUCUAUGUUUGAGAAUCAAACACUACUAAAAGAUUCUGAAUCAAAGGACGCUUUAUGUCGCAUAAUUGGGAUAUGUGCCACAAGAUAUCGUUACACAGCACAAUCAUGUGCUUCAAUUUUGCACUUGGUUCAUAAAUAUGAUUUUGUUAUCAUCCACUUGGUUGAUGCUGUUGCUAGAGCGGAGAAGAAGUAUGCAGAUGGAAGCUUGGCAACCUCCUUGAUUAGGGAAUUCGGUAGAACUAAUCCGAAAAACUAUAUGAAGGAUACUGUUGGGGCAGAAAACAUUGGGCGGUUUAUUGUGGAGCUUGCUGAUAAGCUGCCAAAGUUGGUUUCAAUCAACAUUGGGCUUUUGGUUCCACAUUUGGGGGGAGAAUCUUACAAAAUACGAAAUGCUCUUGUUGGUGUGCUUGGUAAGUUGAUUUUGAAGGCAUUCAAGGAUGUAGACAGUGAAGAGAGCUCUAAAACCACUCGACUUAGGACUAAGCAAGCAAUGUUGGAUAUUUUAGUAGAACGGUGCAGAGAUGUUUCUGCCUACACCAGGAGCAGAGUUAUGCAGGUAUGGACUGAACUAUGUGAGGAAUAUUCCAUUUCCAUUGGUCUAUGGAAUGAGGUUUCAUCUGUGGCUUCAGGGAGGUUGGAAGAUAAGAGUGCCAUUGUAAGAAAAUCUGCACUCAAUCUACUCAUUAUGAUGUUGCAACACAACCCAUUUGGUCCACAGCUUCGUGUAUCAUCUUUUGAAGCAACUUUGGAGCAGUACAAGAAGAAACUAAGUGAACUUGAACAAAAUGCCACUUCUGAUAGUGUUUUGGAUGAACUUCCAUCAGACAAUGACAAUUGCAAUGGAGAUGGUGAAGUUAAUGAUAUAGAAGCUGUAGCAGUGUCCCAAGAAGAACAAAAUAGUGUAACCGACAGCUAUUUAUCUGGUGUAGACAUUGACAAUAGCCAGAAGGAUGCUUGUGUACCAGAUCUUGGAAAUUUGGAGCAAACGAGAGCCUUGAUUGCAUCACUUCAAGCGGGUUUGAGAUUUUCAAAGUGUAUAUCUGCCAUGUUACCUACCCUCGUUCAAUUGAUGGCUUCAUCUUCUUCAAGUGAUGUAGAAAACUCGAUUCUUUUACUAAUGAGGUGCAAACAGUUCCAGAUUGAUGGGUCAGAGAAUUGCCUCCGCAAGAUGUUGCCUUUGGUGUUUUCACAGGAUAAAUCCAUUUACGAGGCAGUGGAGAAUGCAUUCAUCACCAUAUACAUAGGGAAAAGCCCUGAAGAAACUGCAAAAAACAUUAUACAUGUAGCUUUAGAUUCCAAUAUUGGAGAUCUUGCAGCUCUAGAAUUCAUUGUUGGUGCAUUGGUUUCCAAAGGUGACAUAACAAGUAGCACGAUAUCAGCAUUGUGGGAUUUCUUUUGCUUUAAUAUAAGUGGAACAACACCUAAUCAAAGUAGUGGUGCAUUAUCAGUGUUGUGCAUGGCAGCAAAAUCCUCAACCGCGGUUUUAGGCUCUCACAUACAGGACAUUAUUGACAUUGGUUUUGGUAGAUGGGCGAAAAGUGAACCUUUACUUGCAAGAUCAGCAUGUAUUGCCCUUCAAAGGUUGUCUGAAGAGGAUAAGAAAAAAAUGUUGUCAAACAAUGGGAGUCGGGUAUUUGGUAUAUUAGAAAGUUUAAUCACAAAGACUUGGCUUUCCGACAAUGUGUGGUAUGCUGCAGCUGCUAAAGCUAUAGAUGCUCUAUAUGCCAUUCAUCCAACUCCUGAAGCAUUUGCUGCUAGCAUAGUGAAAAAAUCCCUUUCUUCUGUUUUUAAUUUCUCUGAAGGGGAUAGUUUAGAAAAUGAUGUCGAGAGUGAUAAGAGCGAUGUUCUUAACAACACAGUUCAAGUUGCUAAACUAGGCAGAUAUUUAUUUGUUGUUAGCCACAUUGCACUAAACCAAUUGGUUUACAUUGAAUCGUGUGUGAGGAAAGUCCAAAAAGAGAAGGCCAAAAAAGAGAAAUUAAUUGCUGAGGGCCAGAAUUCCGUUUGCAGAGGAGAAUCGAAUGUGGACAGCUCAAAGGACAAUGGCAUGAGUGCGGAGCUAGGUCUUGCCGCAUCGGAUGAUCAAAUGCUUGAUAGCCUUGCAGAGAGAACAGAGAAAGAAAUAAUCGCGGAUGGUUCCAAUGAUAGUAAUUUGAUUGGAUGUUGUGCUCCUUUCCUCUCUAAAAUUUGUAGAAACUUCAGUUUGAUGCAGAAGUAUCCUGAGCUGCAGGCCUCUGGAAUGCUUGCUUUAUGUAGAUUCAUGAUCAUUGAUGCUGGUUUUUGUGAAGCAAAUCUACAGCUUCUAUUCACUGUUGUGGAUAACGCACCAUCAGAAAUUGUCCGUUCAAAUUGCACUAUUGCUUUAGGAGACUUGGUAGUCCGAUUUCCUAAUUUGUUAGAACCAUGGACGGAGAAAGUAUAUGCCAGGCUUAGAGAUCCAGCAGUUUCUGUUAGGAAGAAUGCUGUAUUGGUUCUUUCUCAUCUGAUUUUGAACGAUAUGAUGAAGGUGAAAGGAUACAUAAAUGAAAUGGCUACACGCUUAGAAGAUGAAGAUGAAAGGAUCUCAAACCUGGUCAAACUUUUCUUUCACGAGCUAUCCAAGAAAGGGAGUAACCCGAUAUACAAUCUACUUCCUGAUAUCCUUGGCAAGUUAUCCAAUGAAAACUUGAAUAGAGAGUCCUUCUGCAACAUAAUGCAAUUCCUAAUUAACUCUAUCAAGAGGGAUAAGCAGAUGGAUUCUCUUGUCGAGAAACUUUGUAAUAGAUUUAGUGGACUCACAGAUAAUAAGCAAUGCGAAUACAUAUCAUACUGCCUUUCGCAACUGACGUUCACUGAAAAAGGCAUGAAAAAGCUGAUGGAGUCAUUUAAAGUGUAUGAACAUGUCCUUUCAGAUGAUAUGGUAUUAGAUAACUUUAAAGCCAUUAUUAGCAAGGGUAAGAAGUCUGGCAAACAAGAAAUGAAAGCAUGCAUUGAGGAAUUUGAAGAAAAACUUACCAAGUAUCAUAUUGAGAAAAAAGAACAAGAAAUUACAACAAAAAAUGCUCAAAUUCAUCAGAGAAAACUCGAUAGCUUGGAAGAGAUUGAGCUGGCUAGUAUUAAGGAGGAAGAAAGUCUUCAUUCUGAAAUUUCUGAAGUUACAGGUGAUGAAAUCAAUGGAUCCAAGGAAGAAUCAAAAUCCAUUGAGCAAAAUGGGCAUUCUCCAGCUUCCAAUGUGAAGAAGGAAACAGAAUGUAGUGAAGAGGAGGAUCAGUCAACUGCUACUAGUCUGAAAGGUACUUCUAAACUAAGACCCAAGAGAACCUGCAAAGCUGUUCAAAUGAAUACUUCUACUAUUGCAAAAAAAGCUAAUGGCACAAGGAAAAGAUGAUGGCAGGAACUGAAUGAAGAAGGUAUGUUUCCCUCUGGAAACAAACAAGGCUUAGAGUAAACAAGGCAUUUGAAUGGUUUUACUUUUUACCAUUCUAUAUUGGCUUCUUGCAGUUUGGAAAUGAAAUAGCAUGUAGAAGUAAGCAUAGAUCAGAAUUCUUAAGAUUUAUUAGUUUAUUUGAAGAAAUUGUAUUAUUAUUAUGCAAAUAUCUAAUGAAAAGAGUUUAUUUGAAGAAAUUGUAUUAUUAUUAUGCAAAUAUCUAAUGAAAAGAAUCUAAUUUUUCUUGUU